UUGCCUCUAUUUCUUCUCAAUGGACACUCAUAAAUAACUCUUCAAAGAAAUUCAUUUUAUCUCAGUGUAUGUUGUUGUUUUCUUAACAUAUCCUGAUAGUAACACAACACUCCAAAUACAAUUACUCUCGCUACCAUUUAUUCUCAUGGCUAUGCAAUCACUUUCUUCCUCCUCUACUUCCUUUUCUUAUGAUUUCAACUUUGAUGUGUUCAUUAGUUUCAGAGGUACCGACACUCGAUUCGGUUUCACCGGUAAUCUCUAUAAAGCUCUCUCUGACAAGGGAAUCCGAACCUUCAUUGAUGAUAAGGAGCUUCAGAAAGGUGACGAAAUCACACCUUCACUCCUCAAGAGAAUUGAAGAAUCGAGAAUUGCCAUUAUCGUCUUUUCUAAGGAAUAUGCUUCUUCUUCAUUUUGUUUAGACGAACUUGUCCAUAUCAUUCACUACUUCAAGGAAAAAGGUCGCCUUGUUCUGCCAGUUUUCUAUGAUGUAGAACCUUCUCACGUGCGACAUCAGAAUUAUAGUUAUGGUGAAGCACUUGCUAAGCAUGAAGAGAGGUUCCAAAAGAGCAAAAAAAACAUGGAGCGGUUGCUGAAAUGGAAGAUAGCUCUGAACAAAGUUGCUGACUUAUCUGGCUACCAUUUCAAUCUUGGAAAUGAAUAUGAACGCGAUUUUAUUGAAAAAAUAGUUACAGACGUCUCCUACAAGAUCAACCACGUUCCUCUACAUGUUGCUGAUUACCUUGUUGGACUCAAAUCUCGAAUAUCAGAAGUGAAUUCACUUUCAGAGUUGGGAUCAAACGAUGGAGUCUGCAUGAUAGGAAUCCUUGGAACUGGGGGAAUGGGAAAGACAACACUUGCUCAAGCAGUUUAUAACUUGAUUGCUAAUCAAUUUGAAUGCAAAUGUUUUCUUCACAAUGUGAGAGAAAAUUCAGUAAAACAUGGCUUAGAGUAUCUCCAAGAGCAGCUCCUCUCCAAAUCAAUCGGAUUUGAAACUAAGUUUGGACAUGUUAAUGAAGGAAUUCCAAUCAUAAAACGAAGGCUAUAUCAGAAGAAAGUUUUGUUGAUUCUCGAUGAUGUUGACAAAAUAAAGCAAUUGCAGGUUUUGAUUGGAGAGCCUGGUUGGCUUGGUCGUGGCAGCAGAGUCAUCAUUACCACUCGUGACAAACAUUUGUUAUCAUGUCAUGGGAUUAAAAAAAUAUAUGAAGCAGAUGGUUUAAAUAAGGAACAAGCUCUUGAAUUGUUAAGAAUGAUGGCUUUUAAAAGUAACAAAAAUGAUUCAAGGUAUGAUAGUAUUUUAAACCGUGCAGUUAAAUAUGCUGCUGGCCUUCCAUUAGCUUUAGAAGUAGUGGGUUCUAACUUGUUUGGAAAGACUAUAGCAGAAUGUGAGUCUUUAUUAGAUAAGUAUGAAAGAAUUCCACAUGAAGAUAUCCAAAAGAUACUUAAAGUAAGCUUUGAUGCUUUGGACGAGGAACAACAGAAUGUCUUUUUGGAUAUUGUUUGUGUCUUUAAAGGGCAUCCAGAGGAGUAUAUCCAAAAUUUACUUCAUGAUCAUUAUGGUUAUUGCAUAAAAAGCCACCUCAGAGUGUUGGUUGAUAAAUCUCUCAUAAAGAUUAAGGCUAAUUAUUAUUGUGGUGUGACAUUACAUGACUUGAUAGAGGAUAUGGGUAUAGAAAUCAUCCGACAAGAAUCAAUUAGAGAACCUGGAGAACGCAGUAGGUUGUGGUCUCGUGAUGAUAUUGUUCAUGUUUUACAAGAAAACACAGGAACUAGUAAAAUUGAAAUGAUAUAUCUGGAUCGGUCCAUUGCGAAACAUUUAAGAGGCAUGAAUGAAAUGGUCUUCAAGAAGAUGACAAAUCUCAAAACACUCCACAUUCAAAGUUACGCUUUUACUGAAGGUCCCAAUUUUUCUAAAGGGCCCAAGUAUCUUCCAAGUAGUUUGAGAAUAUUGGAAUGCAAUGGAUGCACUUCAGAGUCUUUAUCAUCUUGUUUUUCGAACAAGAAGAAGUUCAACAACAUGAAAAUCUUGACAUUGGACAAUAGUGACUAUUUAACUCAUAUACCCGAUGUCUCAGGUCUUCCAAAUUUAAAAAACUUCUCAUUUCAAGGUUGUGUUAGGUUAAUUACAAUUCACAAUUCGGUUGGGUACCUAAAUAAACUUAAAAUCUUAAAUGCCGAGUACUGCGAGCAGCUUGAGAGUUUUCCAUCCUUACAGUUGCCCUCUCUUGAGGAAUUGAAACUCUCUGAGUGUGAGAGUCUCAAGAGCUUUCCAGAAUUAUUAUGCAAGAUGACAAAUAUAAAAGAGAUUACGAUAUAUGAAACAUCCAUAGGAGAAUUGCCAUUUUCAUUUGGAAAUCUCAGUGAACUUCGUCGCUUAAUAAUAUUUAGUGACAAUUUCAAAAUUCUUCCCGAGUGCCUUAGUGAAUGCCACCAUCUUGUUGAAGUUAUCGUGGAUGGCUGCUAUUCCCUUGAGGAAAUCAGAGGGAUUCCACCGAAUCUAGAAAGACUUUCUGCAGUAGAUUGCGAGUCGUUGAGUUCCGCAAGUAGAAGAAUGCUAUUGAGUCAGAAACUAAACAAGGCUGGAUGCACCUAUAUUCAUUUCCCAAACAAAACAGAGGGGAUUCCAGAUUGGUUUGAGCACCAAACCAGGGGAGACACAAUUUCUUUCUGGUUUCGUAGAAAGAUCCCUUCUAUAACUUGUAUUUUUCUUAUUUCGGGAUUUGCGGAGCUUCCGAAAUAUAAUUUAUUUGUCAAUGGCUAUCAAUGUUUUAGUUCUAUCUAUGAUGAAAUUUAUGAUGGUCUGUCGAUGAUACAUGCAUUUUUGAUUUAUCUGAGAUUGGAUCAGCAUAUUAACAAAAGUUUUGAAGGAAAGCCUGAACUAUACGAAGCAUUUAAAAAUAAUGAAUGGAACCAUGUGGAGCUUAAGUGGAGUGUCAUGGAGAUGCAUGAUCAUAGUCAAACCCAGGAGGAUGAUCAUGUUAGUGCACAAAUGGGAAUCAACGUGUCAUGGGAGGGGGACGAUUUUAGUGACUCGGAGGUGGAGAAAAGCAACGAGGAGGGGGAAGUGAGAUUCAAUUUUAGUGACUCGGAUUUUAGUGACUCCUUAUAGCAAUACUUUAUUAUCGCAAUUUGAGCCUCCUCUGAAAAAGCAUAGAUUUGUUGAAGUGGGAGUUUCAGAGACAGAGAGUUUGCAGCAUCUAGCUUUACUGUCAUUGCAACAACAAAUGGCUUUAUUACCACAGCAACAACGUAUAACUGUUUUGUCAGGCAUGUGGAGUUUGAUGCUUACUGAAACAAAAGAAAAGGAACACAAUGACUAGAUUCCUUAGUCAAAGUACAUCAUUAUCAUUAUUAACUUUAUAAACCAAUUAAUUAAUUAUUUCUACCCGGAAUAGUAUUUCAAAUGAUGAGACAUAUUAAAUAUGGUGACAUUCACUAAACAAGUCUGGAUGCACCUAUAUGCUUUUAAUAUGAUGUCCUGGUGUUACAUAGAUUCUUACUAGUUGUUUGUCUUCUAGACCUUAGGGUAGUCCCCUAGGUCUGUGAAUUUAGUUUUCAAGUUAUAUAUAUCUUGCCACAAGAG